AUGGCAACCACUCCACGGCCUCAACUAGAACUUGCGCCGACACGAAGUUGCGCUACUUGUGUGGUCUCCAACGCCAUUCAUAACGGCCCAGUAGAACCGCCCGACCAUCCGAAUGCGGUUCGUUCUUCACACUGGGCUAUGACACUGACAGACUCUCCUUCAUGA